AUGCUGAUCAAACGAUUUCUCUGCACUCAAACCGCCGGGGGCGGCGGCAAUGGCCGUGGCCUCCACCGUCACCGAUGGCCGGUAAAGCAAGUGACGAAGUCCAACUUCUCCGAGGCUCUAGACGAAAUCAAAUCCAGCAUAUUCAAUUCCGAUUACGUGGCGGUUUCGCUGCAGAACACCGGUGGUCACUCCGCGCCGUGGCAGAAGCUUCUUCCCAUUGAUACGGUGGAGACGGCUUAUAUGAAGGCCAAGAACAUAGCCGAAAGGUUUCAGAUUCUCCAGUUCGCAGUUUGCCCCUUCUCGGUUAAAGCUUCCAAGCUCAUUGCGCAUCCGUAUAAUUUUCACUUAUUUCCUAGGGAUGAGCUGAAGAUUGGAAUGCCUUCCUACAGUUUUUCAUGCCAAUCAUCAUAUCUGACCUCCAUGGCUCGAGAAGGUUUUGAUUUCAACGCCUGCAUAUACAAUGGUAUAUCUUACUUGUCCAAAGCACAGGAAUCGGGUGCCAAGGUUCAAUUCGGGCAUUUAACCCCUGGUAGCUGCACGGACCGACCUUCUUCUUCAUUGGUCUAUUCAGUUGCCGAUACUUUAUUUAUGGAAAGGAUAAAGUCUCGUGUUAGGAAUUGGAGAAAUGCUUGUAAAGAUCCAAGUAAUGCCACAGAGGUGGCUGAUGCCCUGAUAAGUUCUUUGAGAAAUUUAGUCUCUGGAAAUGAGGUUUUCAGUUCCCGGCCCUCCUUAACCAUUGACGUCUGCAGUGAGCGUCAAGUGCCGCUUGUUAUGGAGACAUUGAAAGAGUUUGAUGACGUUGUAACAUUACCAGUAGCGAGUGGAGUCGGGGUUCAGGCUGUUCGAGUUGUUUUGACAAGUUCGGCAGAAGAUAAGAACCAGUUAGAGAAAGAAAUAAAAGAUAUGGAGGAGGAGAAACGAAGACUUGUCCAUGGCUUUCGGGAGGUGAUAGACUUGAUUUCUACUUCUCAGAAACCCGUCAUUGUGCACAACUCACUUGCCGAUUUCACUUUCAUACAUUCCAAGUUCCUCGCUCCGCUACCGAUGACCAUUGAUGAGUUCAUGAGUUCUUUACUCUCGGAGUUCCCUCAGGUAAUCGAUGUCAACCACCUUAUGGAGGAAGUCGGGAUGCUGGAGAAAAUGAGCAAUAUGCAAUCCGCCACUGCAUUACUAGACAGUCGAUUUUUUGUGCCCGUAGAAAUGGACAUUCUUAAUCGAGGAAAGAGCGAUGAUGAAGAUGUUCACGGGCAUAAGGCUCUGAGAGUGUCCCGUUUGUUCCUUAAGUUAUGUUCGACACUGAAAAUCCGUCUGGACACUCCAGACCUUGUUCAUACCCUCCGGCAAUUUUCUAAUAGGUUUACACCCCAAGCAAAAACUAGUCCCAAAGAUUCUACUGACAACGUAGGGAUUUGGAAAGACCGUAUGAGAACAGUUGGCGUCGAGAGUUUGGUAUUCUUGUGGGGAUUUCAAAGGGGAGCAUCUGCUCGGGACCUGAAAGAUGUUAUAUCCGACGACUCUAGAGAAGACUUUGAUGUUCGUAUGGUGGAUGCAACGUGUGCAGUUGUUGUUUUCUGGAACCCCGAGGACUCGGAACAGUUUCUCAAGGGAAUUGAUUCUGGAGAAGGUUUGUCCGGUGGACUGAAAGAUAUGAUCUCAGAAGGGCUACAAGCCGCGGGCUAUGAGACCUACAAAAGGGCUUGCUGCUCGGGUAUGUUGAAUGCACCCUUAGCCGAGUGUUUGGAUUUAGUUGAGACAAAAUGUGAGGAUAAUAUAGAUAGCAAGUUGUCAUCACGGCCGCGGGGGCAAUCGGUGGUAAUUGGGUGCCGUGAUGAUGUAAUUGAGCUGGAUGAUCUUUAACCUUGAUCAUUCGAAGCAAUUUUAUGCAGAGAGGUGUAAUCUAUUAGGAAUGAACAGAGGCUCAAAUUUGAAAUCAUAUGGAACUAGCAACAUUAAUCAGCAAGAAAAGCAAAAAUUAUGUUACUUUUAAGCACCAAACCCAAAGGUACCGAAAAUUUCACAAGUUCGUGGGAAAUUGGAACUGAAAAUUAGGCGACGGUCUUACAGCAUGUCUAUGUAACUCGACUUUCAUGUCCAAAACCACACAACAAAUCGACAUUGAAUGUGAUCGAUCA